UGAAAAUUGUAUUAGGGCGUGGCUUUUCCUCUGAAGUAAAGUUAGGUUUUACCAGCAGAGCGAGCAGAAGAGGAUUGAAUUCCAGGUUGACAGGAGGAUCCCUGCAGUCAAUUGGAAGCCAUCCUCUCUCCCAGACCAGCAAGAUGGGUAAAAAGAGCCGAGUGAAGACCCAGAAAUCAGGGACCGGGGCCACAGCUGCUGUUUCUCCGAAAGAGAUGAUGAAUUUAAUCUCUGAACUGCUGCAGAAGUGUAGCAGCGCUGCUCCCUCUCCUGGGAAAGAGUGGGAGGAAUAUGUUCAGAUCCGAGCUCUGGUGGAGAAGAUCCGUAAGAAACAGAAAGGGAUGUCAGUAUCAUUCGAGGGAACCAGGGAGGACUUUUUCUCCGAGCUGAUGGCCUGGGGUACAGAAUGCGGGGCUUCUUGUGACGGUUUUGAGAUCUCCAACUUUGCAGAUGAAGGAUAUGGCCUGAAGGCCACCAGAGAUAUCAAGGCAGAGGAGCUGUUCCUGUGGAUCCCUAGAAAAAUGCUGAUGACUGUAGAAUCUGCCAAGAACUCUGUCCUUGGGCCACUGUACAGUCAGGACCGGAUUCUUCAGGCCAUGGGCAAUGUGACUCUGGCUCUACACUUGCUGUGUGAACGGGCCAAUCCCAGCUCACCUUGGCUGCCCUACAUCAAGACCCUGCCUGCUGAUUAUGACACACCCCUGUACUUUGAAGAGGAGGAAGUACGCCACCUGCUGGCCACACAAGCCAUACAGGAUGUACUCAGUCAAUACAAAAACACAGCACGGCAGUAUGCCUACUUCUACAAAGUCAUCCAUACUCAUCCGAACGCCAGCAAACUGCCCUUGAAGGAUGCUUUUACCUUUGACGACUACAGGUGGGCAGUGUCCUCUGUGAUGACCCGUCAGAACCAGAUUCCUACAGCAGAUGGAAGUCGGGUCACACUGGCCCUCAUCCCUCUCUGGGACAUGUGCAACCACACCAAUGGCCUGAUUACGACUGGCUACAAUCUAGAGGAUGACCGAUGCGAAUGUGUGGCUCUCAAAGACUACAAAGAGGGUGAACAGAUCUACAUAUUCUAUGGUACAAGAUCCAAUGCAGAGUUUGUGAUCCACAAUGGUUUCUUCUUUGAGGACAACGCACACGACCGUGUGAAGAUUAAGUUGGGUGUGAGCAAGAGUGAACGUUUGUAUGCCAUGAAGGCUGAGGUUCUGGCUCGUGCUGGGAUUCCUGCGUCCAGUAUCUUUGCCCUGCACUGCAGCGAGCCGCCCAUAUCGGCUCAGCUUCUGGCCUUCCUGCGUGUCUUCUGCAUGACUGAAGAGGAACUCAGGGACUACCUGGUGGGCGAUCACGCCAUCAACAAGAUCUUCACCCUGGGCAACACUGAAUUCCCUGUCAGCUGGGAGAACGAAAUCAAGCUGUGGACGUUCCUGGAAACACGGGCUGCGCUGCUUCUCAAAACCUACAAGACGACCUCAGAGGAGGACCGCUCCAUGCUGGAGAAGCCUGACCUGUCCCUGCACUCCCGCAUCGCUAUAAAGCUGCGGCUGGCAGAGAAAGAGAUUCUCGAGCGAGCUGUGUCCUGCGGUCGGGCCAAGCGCCUGCACUUCCAGAAGCAGCUGGACGAAGGCGCCCUGCUGCCACUGUACGAAGAAAGCGACAUUGCCCUUUUGGAGAACGCAGAUGCCAAACUCCCCAUAAUCCUGCGCAAACUGGAAGAAGAAGACGAGCGUGUUCAGGAGGAGAUGAACCUGGCUCAAAUCAAGCCGGAUGCUGCCUGCCUGGACUCCUCCAAGAUCCCUGUUCUUAACGGCCAGUGUAAAGAUCUCAAUGGUACUCAAGAGGAUCCUCCAGGAGCUGAUGCUGUGGUGAAAGAGAGUGAGGUUGAGAAGCACGACCCGAGUACCAAACGAACUGAAGGUGAACCAAAAGUUGGCGGCAAAUAGUCAUAACCAGCGCACGGUGGCAAUCUUAGUUCCUGCUAUUUAUUUAUUUUCGUUUAAGAGACUCACAAAUAGGAGCAAAAGCUUUCUAAACUAAAGCAGUGGAUUUCAGUUUAAACCUUUUUUUGUUUUUUUUUAUUAAAUGCAGCUUAAGCUAGCUCAAGCUAUAAGAAGCCUGUUGUUUGUUUUUAUUUUGGUUUGUUGGAGUUUUUAUCAGUGCCACAUUUGGUUUCUUUUUUAGUAGCUUCGCUUGUCCUGCCAGUAAAAAGUGGUAACAAGGUGAGGAAGUAACCAAUCAUAUGGACUCCCAUCUAGAUGAAGGCUUUCUUGGACUUCACAAAAUGAAAGAAAAAAUAUAUAUAUCAGACUUCAACAUGGUAACGUUGCCAAGGAUGUUUCUGUUUAGUCAUCUAAAAUGCUGACUGGGAAUUUUACUUCUCUUUAACCAGCCGUUGCCGUAGAUCAUGCCAGAAACGUGCUUGACGUUUAGUGCUGCUUGACAAUCAUUACUCUUAUGUUCUGACAUCGAUCUGUAAAGAGAUCAUCACUGCCUUGCUGCACGCUAGUUACUUUACUCUCAUAAAAAGUAAGGUUACUAAAAGACGUCAGUCCCCAAAAAAGUAUAUAUUUUCAUGCACUUCAAAGAACAGUCAGUGCAUUCUCAAAGUGAGCGUUAGUUUUGGUUUUGAACCAGAGGAUAAGAGGUUGUUGGUGACCAUGUGGGUUACUCUUUGCUCUGAAUGUAAUUCAAGGUGUGUUAAAGCCAUUCACUCUUCAUUAUGUUAUAUAUAUAUUCGUUUUAAUCCUUCUGUGCUUAUGAAACACUUUGCAGUUAAUGGACAUCGAGACUAUGAUCUCCUCAGACUAACUUCUCUCAUACAGUACGUGAUCUUUUGGAAAUCUAUUUUUGUUUUCCUUAUUUUUAUGCAAGUAUUCAAUGCAACACCAAAAUGAUCUCUCGCAUUUGUCCUGCACCUGUUGUGGUCAUCUUUAAGCCUUAACGAAUGUCAUUUAGUUGGAUUCCAGAUACAGAAAAAUUGAUCCAUCACCCACAAGGCACAACUCUGUUCCUGUCUGCCUUUACAUAGCAAAACAUUGGGGGCUAUUAAUUAAAGAAAUAUUUCACCCAAAAAUUUGAAACCUACCAUUAUUCACUCACCCUAAUGUUGUUUCAGAUCUGUGUAUUGUUAUUUAUUUAUUGGGCACUGUAUUCUAAGUCUUUUAAAGCUAUGUGAUGCAGGUUGGUCAGCUCAUACGAAGCUAUCAUUUGGCUGUGGAAUUCUUUUGAAUAUAGUUUUUUGUUUUUUUAAAGCUUUUCAGCACAGCUUUAAAUUAAUACGAACUGUCAAAGAGAUGCAUAACAAUUCUUAAUAUAAUAAAAUAUUUAAAAAGAAAUAACAUAAUAUAUAGGGUAUAAUAUGAGGGCAAGUAAAUAAUGACAAUUUUUGGGUGAAAUAAUUAUUAAAUCUUAGAGCUGUGUUCCUCUACCCAGUCACAUGAUCCAUCAGUAGUGACUUGUAUUAGGUGAUGAGAAAUUUAUCAAAAUAUACACCCAAUGUUUUGUUAUCCUUUUGAAAUUGUGUACGUGUACAGAAAUGGAAAUGACAUUUCAGUUCAAGUAUUCAGCCCAACUAAACAGCACUGUUCAAUAUACUGUUCAGCAUGUUAUGUUGAAAGAUGAUGAGUGUAUGGAAGCCUGUCUGUUGUUCUUGCUGCUUCUGUAUAUAGAUUUAUAGCUUUGGAAAGCUAACAGCUUUAAUACACUUAUUCUCAAAUCUUUAAUGUGAUCUAGCCAUAAAGAAAAUGCACAGUGGAUUGCACUGACUCCCAGUACGUCAGUACACAACUGUAUAGGUAAGAGCCAUUAGAGUCUGUCUACAAUGACAAGUCCAAGAUUAAAGUUCUGUGCAUUUUUCACCUGAAUCAAAUAAGGUGGAGUGCUUUUCUUCAAAUCUUUGACCUGUCUAUCUGUCUUUAAGAGGGCUUUUUUUUUUUUUUUUUUUUUAAAUCCCCAUUAGGAGAAAUAAGGGCACUGGUCCAUUGUCCUUUCAUUCUUCAUUUCAUUUGCAGGGGGAAAAAAAGGUUUUAUUUAAUGUAUUUUUUCAUUCUUUGCCCCCCAAGCCCCAUUACAAAUUUAUAAAAGAAACAUUAUCUUGAAUCAUUUAAUUCGGGGCAAUUAAAUUUUGAAAUUCCACAUUCAUUAUUCAUGGGCUUCGAGAUAAAACCCCUUUAAUCCUUGAAUAGAUUAUUAUAAUGGGCGAUAGUGUGGGCAGUGGUAAACUCGGGCAGCCCUGCACAUGUCCGGUAUUGUUAGUAUUCCUCAUGUCAGGGCUGAGAGCAGGAGUGCAUGGAGCUCCCUUUGGCCUGGGAUCCUGCCACCAAAGUAAUUCUGCCUAUGAAUAAUACACGGCGCUUCUAUUAAUAUAGAAUGCCGUCAGACCCUGGGCGGAGGACCCAUUGUCAUGCAAGUAUUUACCAAUACAUGUGCCGUACUUGAGAGAGGGGGGCUUUCUUCGAAGAUUGUGGGGUCACAUUUCCUUGCACAUUAAGUGGUCGAGUUCCAACCACUGCGCUCUUAGAAAUAAAUGUUCCAUAAAGGGAUUUUCAGCUCGCUGCCAUACAAGUUGUAUGUGUCUUUAGAAGACCAUCUACAAUGGGAUCCAGAAUCUGAGACUGCUAGUGAAAGUGUUGCUUUUGCAUUUUAACACCAUUUGCAUAGUUAUUUGAGUUGAAUUACGUUGAAAUAAACUUAUGAAUGUAUUUGGUUUGUCUCUCUUUUUGCUUUAAUGACAGCAACACUCGAGCUGCAUUAACUCCACAAGUUUGUGUAAAACCAGAUGAUAAUGUUCUCCAUUAUUUAAAAUGAUCCAAAGAGCAUCUUGUGCUUCAAUGGAAGCAAGAAAUACUGAUUGUCUAUGCAAAGAGUCACACUCAGUGAUAAAGCAAUAGUGCAAAAUAUUGUCAUUUUAUGUGAUUUACCAUACAAUAAAUAUUUUUAUGU